AUGCCAUUCAAAAUAUGCUUAGGUUGUAACGAGCAAAAACGCUCAAAAAAUGACAAGUUUUAUGGAAUGAGUCAUUUAGAGAAUCCAUUAUUGACGAUUAAUUGUUUACGCCAAACGCAAAAUGCUAAGAAACGAAAACUAGAAGUUCUACGUGAUAUGCCGCAAAAUGGUCAGCUAUGUAAAAGUUGUUAUGAAAUAUCCAAAAAACCGAAAAUAUCACAAUUAACUGAAUCACACACGCCUGAUUUGUCAAUUUAUCGUAGAGGCAAUAGCUCUCACGGGAGAUGUACAUUUGGCUGUAAGAAUAUUCAGAACUUGAUUUCUGUACCGAAAGCGAUUUCCCAUGAGCUCCUUAUGAACUACAAAUUCUUGAUUCUCCCAGACUCACGCAUGUGUAGUUCACAUAUUGGUAUUCCUAAUUAUUGGCCACUUGUUAAGCAAAUAUCUGCAAUUGUCAGUGAAAAGGAACAAGAAAGUGUUUCUAAUAUAAUGUACAAAUACUAUCAAGAAAUGAAAAGCUCUCAAAAAGCUGUAUUUGACAUCAACGCAAUAGAUCGUAUUGGUGAUGAAAUAUUUAAAGAUUGGUUUGCUUAUAGUAUAAUAGAAUUUCAACGAAUUUGUUCUUAUGCUAAAACUUGUCAACCUAAACACAUAGCGGUUCUCUUGUGCAAGUUACGUACAAGUCUUUCUAAUAAUCAACUAGCAUUUCUCUUCGGAGUUAGCGAUCAAACUAUUGCCAAUUAUAUGAAUUUAGCCAGAGAAGAUCUUCUAAAGAACUUAGUUCCCCAAUUCAUAAAUAAUAAUUAUCGCUCAGUGUUAUUAUCACAUAACACUGAAAUGGCAAAAAUAUUAUUUGAUAUAACAGAUGACAAGGCAUGUCUUGUUUUUGAUGCUACGUAUCGGCUAGUUCAGAAAUCAUCUAACUUCGCAGGACAGAAACAACUUUGGAGUGAACAAAAGAAGAUGCCUUUAGUGAAACCCAUGGUGGCUUGUGCGCCUGAUGGAUAUAUUCUAUUUGUACUGGGUCCGUUUGACGCACGACAUAAUGAUGCAACUAUUUUAGAAGAUUGUUUCUGUAGGUUCGCAGACAAAUUGCAUACGAUUGCAGAAGGUGAUCAUAUUUUGGUUGACAGAGGUUUUAGGGACGUUUUGCAUUUUUUAACAGAAAGUAAGAAAUUAAAUGUUCAUUGCCCUGGACUUGGCCAACUUGAGACGAUGGAAGCAAAUAUGUCUAGAUUUGUCACAAGAUGUCGCUGGAUUAUUGAACAAGUUUUCGGCCGCCUCAAAAAAAAGUUCAAAUAUUUUGCUUUGCCAGCCCAUAAUGCAACAUUAAAUCAUGAUUUCGGCUAUCUACUAAUUGCUUUUGCACUUUUGAAUUUAUUUCAUAAACCUGUCUUAAGUGACAAGCUUCAUCAGGAUAUUGCUCAAAUAAUGAAAUCACGAGUAAACGUCCCAAACCGUCUGAAACUUAUUGCUCAGGAUUUUAAUCUUUCUCAACUUAAAGCUCCCUAUCUUGACAUGGAGUACACCGCAUUGGAUAAUGAAGAGAAUAAUCAAAGAUUGCAAUUCCCUAGACUAACCUUAGAUCACUUGUACCACUUAGGUUUAGGUCCUUAUCAAACAAGAAAUGCAGCUUCUUACUAUGCAGAGCAUACAAAUGAAGGCAUAUUCUUAGUACAAAAGUUUUCUCCACCACCGAGACACCGAACAGCUACCAUAGACUAUGCUAGAUAUGAGAUUGAUGUCAAAAAUCCUUUACUUAUCAAAGCUUACAUGAAAUCCCGAUAUCGUAGUGGAAAAUAUCAUCACAUUUUUAUCCUAGUCGAUAAAGCAAAGACUGGAAGAGAUUCAAUCCUGGAGUACUACUGUACCUGUGAAAGUGGUUCACGGACAGUUGGUUGUUGCAGCCAUGUUAUGACAAUCGUUUGGUAUCUGGGUUACGCACAGUAUGAAGGAGUUCAUAUACCGAAUCCAGAUAUUUGUGACAUAUCUAUUUCUAUACGUAAAGAAGUAGAUUCGCAUACUUAA